UCCGGUGGUGCCGCCGGGUCGGGGGCUGCCGGGACCGGGCUGCGGCGAUCCUCACGGGUCAUGUCGGCCGCCCAGGGCUGGGACCGGAACCGCCGGAGGGGAGGAGGCGCCGCCGGCGGGGGCGGCGGAGGUAGCGGGGCCGGCGGGGGCGGCGGGGGCGGCGGGGGUCGGGGCGCUGGCCAGCUCAACCGCUUCGUGCAGCUCUCCGGGCGGCCGCACCUGACAGGUAAGAAGAAAAUACGAUGGGACCCGGUUAGGAGGCGCUUCAUUCAGUCCUGUCCCAUCCUAAGGAUCCCUAGCAGGUUCCUGAGAGGCCACAGGCCUCCACCGGCACGAAGUGGACAUCGCUGUGUGGCAGACAACACCAACCUCUAUGUGUUUGGCGGCUACAACCCAGACUACGACGAGUCAGGGGGGCCCGACAACGAAGACUACCCCCUCUUCAGGGAGCUCUGGCGGUACCACUUCGCCACGGGUGUGUGGCACCAGAUGGGCACUGACGGCUACAUGCCCCGGGAGCUGGCAUCCAUGUCACUCGUGCUGCACGGAAACAACCUGCUCGUGUUCGGAGGCACUGGCAUCCCGUUCGGUGAGAGCAAUGGCAACGAUGUACACGUCUGUAACGUGAAGUACAAGAGGUGGGCCCUGCUCAGCUGCCGGGGGAAGAAGCCCAGCCGGAUUUAUGGACAGGCUAUGGCCAUCAUCAACGGCUCCCUUUAUGUCUUCGGAGGGACAACCGGCUAUAUUUACAGCACAGACUUGCACAAGUUAGAUCUCAACACCAGAGAGUGGACACAACUGAAGCCCAACAAUCUGUCCUGCGAUUUGCCGGAAGAGAGAUACCGACAUGAAAUCGCACAUGAUGGGCAGAGGAUUUACAUCUUGGGAGGUGGAACUUCCUGGACGGCAUAUUCCUUAAACAAGAUCCAUGCAUACAACCUUGAAACAAAUGCAUGGGAGGAAAUUGCAACAAAACCCCAUGAAAAAAUAGGUUUUCCUGCAGCCCGAAGGUGUCACAGUUGUGUUCAAAUAAAAAACGAUGUGUUCAUCUGCGGGGGCUACAAUGGGGAGGUGAUCCUGGGAGACAUCUGGAAGCUGAAUCUGCAGACAUUUCAGUGGGUGAAGCUCCCGGCCACCAUGCCAGAGCCCGUUUAUUUUCACUGUGCAGCUGUUACACCAGCUGGCUGCAUGUACAUUCACGGCGGCGUGGUGAACAUCCAUGAAAACAAACGGACUGGGUCGUUGUUCAAGAUCUGGCUGGUGGUGCCCAGCCUGCUGGAACUGGCCUGGGAGAAGCUGCUCGCGGCCUUCCCUGACCUGGCCAACCUCUCCCGAAAAGAGCUUCUGCAUCUGGGACUCACACAGGGACUCAUCGAGCGCUUGAAAUGAGGACUUCGGGACUGUUCAUGGAUCCUGGAAAUGUUAAUUUAAAGAGACCCCUUUAUUUAUGGGCAGUGUAGAAUGUGCUACAGAGGAGUGGUUACCCUGAUCAAGGCCUUACUCAGAAAUUACAUCAGAUGCCUUUCUGUACAUUGGUUUUUAAGUUCACGGACAUCUCACUCCCCAUGUGCUUCCACCCUGGCUUGCCCCUCCUGCCCUGUGACACGCACACGUGCUCGCACACCCCCUCUUCCUCGCUGGAGCUGAGGGAGGGGCUGAAGGCACCUUAAUAACGUCCUGAAUCAAGAUAAAGACACUUUUUAAAGGAAUCCUGAAUAUACGAUCAUGUCAGCCAAUGUUCUACAAAUACUGCAUCAUCACCAAAAA